UGCCCGACUGUUUACAGCAGCGGAACCGUCAAGGCCAGCGGAAUGGAAGUGAGGGAUGCUAACGCUGCUAUGCUCAGCAAUUAUGAGGUCUAUCAGCUCCUAACAGAACUGAAAGAAAAGAGAAAAGAGAGUGUAAAAAACAAGCACAGCACUGGACAGCAGAACCUUAACACAAUAAUGUAUGAGACUCUUAAGUAUCUCUCCAAGACACCGUGUGCUCGCCAAAGUCCUGAGACAGUGAAAGAGUUCCUCACUGCGAUGCUGCCACACAAGCUCACCAAAGCUGAGAAGCUGCAACUCCUGAACCACAGACCACAAACAGCAGUUGAGAUCCAACUGAUGGUAGAAGAAAGUGAAGAAAGGUUGACUGAAGAACAGAUAGAUGAGCUUAUUCAGAAGGUCACAGAUAUCCUCCCUGGAGAUCCACAGCAAGAAGAUGCUCCUGGAGAUGCUGAGAUGGAUGCAAGCACAGACCAGUGAUAGAAUUUAUGGAAAUGCCUUUUUACACAUAAUAUCCCCUGGUUUUGAAAUCUGCAUUUACAUAGUCUGGUUUAUGGGCUCUUCUUAAAAACAGAAGAUACGCUGUUGGUAGCUAAGAUUGAGGGUGAUGUUGUUGACUGGGUGCAUUUUGAUUUUCAUUACAUUAAUGAGAGUUUGUCAUGUAUGUUAUGUUUGUAUAUAAAUAAAUAAUGAAACCUGAAACAUCACAG